UCAUUCUCCAAACACAAAAACUCUCAUUCCUAUCUCUCUAUCUCCAACUUCCUUCAAUAAAAUGGGAUUCCCAAUAAAAUACCCUGAAGUUUCCGUCCCCAAUCUCUUCCUUCACCUUCUCUCUCUCCUCGCCUUCCUAAGAUCACUAGCCUUUUCCUUCCUCUCUCUCUUCCACCUCUCCGACAUCUCCACCGCCACCUCGUCGGAAUCACACUCCGACCAUCCCACCCUCUCCGCAACCCUCAUCCGCGAAUUCCUCCCCGUCGUCAACUUCCGUGACCUUGCCGAAGAUUCGAAAUCGGUGGAGUGCGCGGUGUGUCUGAACGAAUUUGCCGGCGAGGAAGAGAUCAGGUGUAUGACGAAUUGUAAACAUAUUUUUCACAGGAAGUGUGUGGACAGUUGGAUUGAUCAUGAUCAGAAGACGUGUCCGCUUUGUAGGACCCAAUUUAUACCUUAUCAGAAUAUGGAAGAUUAUAAUCAACGGUUAUCGGCGGCUUGUGAAACUGAAUGUGAAUAUGAUGAUGAUUAUUCUCUUUUUUCUCAACACGAGGAUGAUCCCCUCAUUGCUUCACUUUGAUUUUCUCUUUUUUUUGCUUUUUGUUUUUUUUUCUCCUUAUAUUUUUAUAGGAGUUUUUGUUUUUGGGUGGUAAAUUGUAUAUAAAUUACACCAAAAAUUGCAGUGUAUGAUAAAAACAGAGAAAUUAAUGGUUAGUUUUCUUGUUUA